AUGGCUUCCUCAAGCUCGAUUCCAGCAUCCGAGGCCGUGCAGGUUCUCCUCUCCUUGCUAUCCGACGACUCUUCCUCUGUCAGAGAGGCCUCCAUGUCCUCUCUCAAGGACAUUGCCGCGCUAAAUCCUCUUCUAGUUCUCGAUUGCUGCGCCGUCGUUUCGCGCGGUGGACGUCGGCGGUUCGGGAACAUGGCUGGAGUUUUCCAAGUGAUGGCGUUCGGAGUUCGGGCACUUGACGAGAGAGACGUUGAUUCUGCUUUCAUGGCGAAGCUCGCUAAGAUUGCUACCGCUGAGCUGAUAUCGUCUAAGUUGGAGGGUGAGCAAUUAGAUGAUUACUGUAAUAUUCAGAAGUUAAUGAGGAAGGAGCUAAAGAGAAGUUAUGAGUACACUAGGCUUAUUGUUCCAUCACAUAUUUUUGUCAUUACUUUAUUUGAAAUGACUGUGAGGAUGCGUUUGGAUAAACUUCUUGAUAGACUCACAGAAGAAGAAAAUAAUGAACUAAAUUCUGAUUGGCAACGUGCAGCAACAAGCCUACUUGUUGCAAUAGGCUCUCAUUUACCUGAUCUUAUGAUGGAAGAAAUUUUUCUUCAUUUAUCUGGGACAAAUUCAGCACUACAGGCUAUGGUUCAAAUCCUUGCAGAAUUUGCUUCUACUGAUCCCAUGCAGUUCAUUCCACGUUGGAAAGGUGUACUUUCACGAAUUUUGCCAAUUCUUGGAAAUGUACGUGACAUGCAUCGCCCAAUUUUCGCAAAUGCAUUUAAGUGUUGGUGUCAAGCUUCUUGGCAAUAUAGUAUAGACUUUCCUUCACAUUUUCCUCAAGAUGGUGAUGUCAUGUCAUUUCUAAAUUCUGCUUUUGAGCUUUUGUUGAGAGUUUGGGCAGCUUCGAGAGACCUAAAGGUUCGCGUGGCAUCUGUAGAAGCAUUGGGGCAGAUGGUAGGUCUCAUAACACGAGCACAGUUAAAGGCUGCCCUACCAAGGCUUAUCCCUACAAUAUUGGACUUGUAUAAAAAGGAUCAAGAUAUAGCUUUUUUGGCUACAUGCAGUCUCCACAAUCUGUUAAAUGCCUCUUUAUUGUCUGAAAGUGGCCCUCCUAUGCUUGAUUUUGAGAUUUCUGAGGCGUCAGUUGCUAUUGAACCCCAGUUGGAUGCACCAUGGAACUUGUUGCAAUUUCUUAAAUAUUGUUUUGCUGCAAGAUUUCCUACAAGUAGCAGAUAUGAAGAUUUGACUCUUGUUUUAUCAACACUUCUACCUGUGGUUUCUAUCAAUAAUGACAGCAAAGACCAAUCAGAUUUCUCUGUGGGGCUAAAGAUGUAUAAUGAGGUUCAGCAUUGCUUUCUGACAGUUGGCUUUGUGUACCCGGAUGAUUUGUUUUUGUUCCUUGUAACUAAAUGCAGGUUGAGGGAAGAACCAUUGACUUUUGGUGCACUUUGCAUUUUGAAGCAUCUUUUGCCAAGGCUGUCUGAAGCUUGGCACAGUAAAAUAUCUCUGCUAGUCGAAGCUGUAAAGUCCUUGCUUGAGGAGCAGAAUUUAGCUGUUCGAAAGGCACUAUCUGAGUUAAUUGUGGUUAUGGCCUCUCACUGUUACUUGGUUGGUUCGCCUGGAGAGUUGUUCAUUGAAUAUCUUGUACGCCAUUGUGCUAUAACUGAUCAAAAUCGGAGUGAUCUUGAGAACACACCAAAUAAGAGAAUAGAGAUGAAAAUCGGAGCAGUUACUUCUGGUGAAUUAAGAGCAGUUUGUGAAAAAGGUCUCCUUUUGGUAACUAUAACGAUUCCUGAAAUGGAGCAUAUUCUUUGGCCUUUUCUGUUGAGGAUGAUUAUUCCACGGACCUACACGGGUGCUGUGGCCACGGUAAAAGUUCUGUGUAUCUCAGAGUUGUGGCGGCAUAGGUCAUUUAGCAAUGAUAUGUUGAGUGAGUGUAAAACCCGUCCUGAUAUACCAACUGCUGAGGAACUUCUUGCGCGCUUGGUGGUGCUUUUGCAUAAUCCUCUGGCAAGGGAGCAAUUGGCCACCCAAAUUUUGACAUAUCCGGGCUUCAUAGGAGAAGAGAUAAGUUCUGCUUCAAGGAUGAUAGUUUUGGCAUUUAUGUAUUUUGUACAAGUCACAAUUCCGAAGAUGAAGGCAUAUGUUAGUGACACAGAGGACUUGAAACAGGAUCCGUCUUAUCAAGACACUUGGGAUGACAUGAUAAUCAAUGUGAGUGUGAUUGACUUGAUUAACAUCCUCCCCUCCCCUCCCCUUGUUCAACUGUAUAAAUCUUUGGAUGUGAUCCAAGAUGCAGAUUGGGUUAUGUCUCUUGGAAAUGUUUUUGCCAAACACUAUGAACUUUAUGCUUCUGAUGAUCAGCACACUGCACUUCUACACCGUACACUUUUGAUGUUAUCCAUCAUAUUGGUAUGGGGAUUGGUUCGGAGUUCAGUCUGUUCAUUGUUCCUGUUAAUUUGGCUUUUACGCACUGGUGAAAUUUGGAUAUGGGCCUCUGCUGUGCUUUUGUGCCUGGGCAUUCUGCUUCAAAAGGUUAACGACAGAGCUUAUGUACAUGACAAAAUAGAUUGGAUGUACAAGCAAGCAAAUAUUGCAAUUCCAACUAAUAGACUUGGGUUGGCAAAAGCAAUGGGAUUGGUUGCGGCAUCACACUUGGAUACAGUGUUGGACAAGCUGAAGGAUAUUUUAGACAAUGUUGGACAAAGCAUAUUGCAAAGGAUAUUGUCAAUAUUCUCGGAUAAUUUCAGAACAGAAGAGUCUGAUGACAUACAUGCUGCUUUAGCACUAAUGUAUGGAUAUGCUGCAAAGUAUGCCCCAUCAACAGUUAUUGAAGCCAGAAUAAAUGCCCUUGUUGUUGAACUCUUGAGUUUAAUGGGUACCAACAUGCUCUCUCGACUUCUUAAUGUGCGUCAUCCCAAAGCAAAGCAAGCUGUCAUCACAGCAAUUGAUUUACUAGGCAAUGCUGUCAUUAAUGCUUCUGAAAGUGGCUCACCAUUUCCAUUGAAAAGAAGGGACCAACUGCUUGAUUAUAUUUUAACUUUAAUGGGUCGGGAUGACGAAGAUGGCUUUGCUGAUUACAAUGACCUAUUGCGUACUCAGGCCCUUGCUAUAAGUGCCUGCACUACGUUGGUCUCGGUGGAACCAAAAUUAACAGUUGAAACUAGGAACCAUGUAAUGAAGGCCACUUUGGGGUUCUUUGCUAUACCAAAUGAUCCAGUUGAUGUUGUCAAUCCCCUUAUAGACAACUUGAUUACCCUUUUAUGUGCAAUUCUUCUCACUGGUGGAGAAGAUGGAAGAAGUCGAGCAGAGCUGCUAAUGCUUAUCUUGAGGCAAAUUGAUCAAUUUGUCUGUUCGCCCAUUGAGUAUCAGAGGAAAAGAGGCUGCCUUGCUGUACAUGAGAUGCUUCUAAAGUUUCGGAUGAUUUGUGUUAGUGGGUAUUGUGCACUGGGCUGCCAUGGGAGUUGUGCACAUAACAAGCAAAUGGACCGAACUCUGUUUGGAAAUUUUUCAAAGCUACCAUCUGUAUUUGUACUGCCAACUCGAGAAGCUUUGUGCUUGGGAGAUAGGGUAAUAAUGUAUCUUCCACGUUGUGCAGACCCAAAUUCUGAAGUCAGAAAAAUAUCAGCUCAAAUUCUUGAUCUACUAUUUAGCAUCUCUCUUUCGCUUCCAAGACCUGCUGGUUCAUCUAUAUCUGCUGAAGAUAUAGAAUUAUCAUACAGGGCAUUAUCUUCUCUCGAGGAUGUUAUAGCCAUAUUGAGGAAUGAUACUUCUAUUGAUCCAUCAGAAGUUUUCAACAGGAUUGUUUCCUCCCUCAGCAUUCUGUUGACAAAGGAGGAGAUGGUUGCUACACUGAUUGGUUGCUCAGUUGCUAUAUGUGAUAAAAUCAAGCAGACAGCUGAAGGGGCUAUUCAAGCUGUUGUUGAAUUUGUUACAAAGAGAGGGGGAGAAUUGACUGAAAUCGAUAUCUCAAGGACAACCCAAUCGCUGAUAUCUGCCGUUGUGCAUGCAACUGACAAGCAUUUGCGUGUGGAAACUCUUGGAGCUAUUUCUUCUUUGGCUGAAAAUACUAGCCCAAAAACUGUUUUUGACGAAGUCCUGGCUACUGCUGGAAGGGAUACGAUCACAAAGGAUAUAUCCAGGUUACGUGGGGGAUGGCCUAUGCAGGAUGCAUUCUAUGCAUUUUCUCAACACAUGGUACUGUCGGUUUUGUUUCUAGAACAUGUGAUAUCUGUCCUUAGCCAGAUUCCGAUCCUAAAAGGUGAUGUGGACAGAGUUGAGGAUAGCCCCGUUGAUGGUCAAACAGAAGAUGGCAAACUGCAAGCUGCAAUUUUUGCUCUUACUGCGUUCUUCAGAGGAGGGGGAAAAGUUGGAAAAAGGGCUGUUGAACAAAACUAUGCUUCUGUUCUUUCUGAGCUUACACUGCAACUUGGAAGCUGUCAUGGAUUAACCUAUUCCGGUCAGCAUGAACCAUUGAGGAAUCUUCUUACUGCAUUUCAGGCAUUCUGUGAAUGUGUUGGUGAUCUUGAGAUGGGCAAGAUUUUAGCUAGAGAUGGAGAACUAUCAGAAAAUGAGAGGUGGAUUAGUCUCAUUGGAGACAUUGCAGGCUGCAUAUCUAUAAAGCGACCAAAAGAGGUACAAAAUAUUUGUCUAUUUUUAAAAAACUCAUUGGAUCGACCGCAAAAAUAUCAUAGGGAAGCUGCAGCUGCUGCACUAUCAGAAUUUGUUCGAUAUAGUGGUGGACUUGGUUCACUCUUGGAGCAGAUGGUUGAGGUUUUAUGUCGGCAUGUAUCAGAUGACUCUUCAACUGUUCGCCGAUUAUGCUUACGAGGAUUAGUGCAGAUCCCAUUGAUUCAUAUACUGAAGUAUACAACCCAAGUCUUGGGUGUAAUAUUAGCUCUUCUAGAUGAUUCAGAUGAAUCUGUUCAAUUAACUGCUGUAUCAUGCUUACUAAUGAUUCUCGAUUCUUCACUUGAUGAUGCAGUUGAGCCCAUCUUGCUUAAUCUUUCAAUAAGGCUUCGAAAUCUUCAAGCAAGCAUGAAUGCAAAGAUGCGGGCCACUUCUUUUGCAGUAUUUGGGGCCCUAAGCAAAUAUGGAAUUGGGGCACUAAGUGAGGCGUUUGUUGAGCAGGUACAUGCUGCCAUUCCUCGCCUGGUCUUGCAUCUUCAUGAUGAAGAUUUUAGUGUCCGAUCAGCCUGUCGGAAUACCCUGAAACAAGUUUUCCCAUUGAUGGAAAUUGAAAGAUUGCUCGCCGUACUAAACACACACAGUUUCCUUUCUGAUCAUCGAAGUGAUUAUGAGGACUUUCUCCGGGACAUCGCAAAGCAAUUUACUCAGCAUCUCCCCUCCAGAGUUGAUAGUUAUAUGGCAUCAUCAGUGCAGGCUUUUGACGCACCAUGGCCCAUAAUUCAGGCAAAUGCUAUAUACUUCUGCAGCAGUAUGCUCUCUCUAUCGGACAAUCAGCAUAUUUUAGCUGUCUAUCAUUCACAGGUCUUUGGUAUGCUGGUGGGGAAAAUGAGUCGAUCACCUGAUGCUGUCGUUAGAGCAACAUGUUCUGCUGCACUAGGCUUGUUGCUGAAAUCCUCCAAUUUAUGUUCAUUGGUAGACUCAACAUCACGGAACCAUGAUGCAGAGUCCACGAAAAACUAG